GUUAAGUAGCCUAAACUUUAUCUUUAACUUUUACGUUUUCACUAAAGUGCAGGCUUCUUUGCACUUGUUGGUUGCUGUAGUUUUCUGCAAUACCGUGCAGCCGCAAAAUCAUGUUGUGGGUUGUGGAAGGUUUGCUCGAGUUGAAACGGACACCGGAGCGUCAUGCGGACGCUUGGUCGGGUAGCAUGACUUGCUUGAUGUUGCUUCUGCCCUCCGCUGGAAUUCACGCCUCUGUGGGUAGCGACCUUGGCAGCGAGAGUCCUUGGUACUACGUGCUGACGGUCUUCCUGGUUCUCUUGUUUUGCGUUGCUUUUUACUUUCUGCUUGCGACGUGGCUGACGGAUCCGGGGACGCUGCCAAAGAGGUUGGAGACUCCGGAUGAGAUCUUUGAAAUUUGCAACAUUUGCCCGCCGGGUGUAGCACCAGAGCCAGACGAGGAAGCGAAGAAUGCAAGCUCAACAUAUCGCGACGCGAAUCCGCCGAGGCUCGUCGAUUUGGAGGAGGAAUUUCUACGAAAAGGACAACAAAAUGCCGCCGCCGCUUCGACAACGGAAGGGACUGAGGCUGGAGAUUCCACCCUGCAGACGACCACGUUGUUCCCGAUUGUUGAGUUGCACAAGGUAGUAGAUGCAGGUAGAAGUGGCGGGGCUAGGGAAUCAGGAGACACCAGCUCGCAACCUUUUGUCGUAGAGGACGAGCUGGAGCUCGACGAGAAAGGUGAGGUCAAGCGACCAUGGAUGCAGCCGGACCCAGUCACUGGCAAAAUGGUGUAUUAAGCUGCAUUUUUUUGUGGUCGAGCUUGCGUUUUUAGUACGAUCUUUUUUGUGGCGUCUCCGACGUAGCUUAUGUAGUUACCGUGCUUCGCCGAAUUUUUUCCUCUUGAUCGCAAAAACACUACACAGGAGCCGUCCUACUAUGCGGAAGAGCCGAUUGCGGUGUUCUUUCGGUGCGGCGAUCCGGAGAAGCCGACCUGUGUCCUGAAGGAGAAGCUGCGAACCGAGGUGGAGCAGAAGCGCUGGGCCAAAAUGAAAAAUGACCCGUGGCCGCCUCUAGCGGCGUUGGAAGAAAAUCGGCGGCAAUACCGGGUAAAAAAGGAGAAGCAGAGAGCGGAGAAAGAAGAAGUCGAACGGGGGCAGCAGCUGCAAGAGGGCAAACACAACUCUUCGAUGCCUUCGAAAUUAGAUCAUGCCGACGAUAAUUCUCUCUUCGACAGUGCCGGCCAUUUCCACUGUCCCUUGUGCGCGGUCGCAGAUUUCUAUUGUACGAGCGCCAGGACUUUCGCCGCUCUUUUCACGAACCAUUUGUGCAGGCGAGCGCUGCGAAAACUCGAAUUCUUCAUUCGAUGUCGCCGGAGAAAGAUACAGCAGAGGGCCGCGCAGAAAGACAUCACCGCCGCUGACAGCUACAACGUUGGCAGUGUUUUUUUCGAGGGGUUGCAUACCGCCGCCGCUGCAGCAGCAAGUCGGGACUUCGCGGCAACUGUUGAGGACGGUGGUGCAAAAAUUACCUCUACCAACCAGGUGAAAAUCGUGCCGCAAACCUUUGACGCUCUUCCGACGCAGCAACCCGUGCUGUCCGCGUUAACACCCCAAGCGAAUGUGCCGGGACAGCAGGAGGCGCCGUCGCAGGCGGACCUGGCGCCGGAGUCGCAACAGGCGAGAACUACAACAAGCACGAUCCCGAAAGUUCGGGUUCCGUACCUCUCGAGCCACGACUCGGCGACCAACCGGACGUGGCGCCGGGCCCUGGAGUCCGAGCGAAUGAAGAACAUAGCGUUCCUGCCGCCGAAAAACCAGCUUUUUAUGAGGGGGUUCGGGGGCGAGCGGCUGGCGCUGAAAUGGUGCCCACCCUGCAGCAUCUACCGCCCGCCCCGCAGCGUGCAUUGCCGCCAGUGCAACCGGUGCGUAGAAAAGUUCGACCACCACUGUCCGUGGGUGGGGAAUUGCGUGGGGCGGUUUAACAUGAAGUUCUUCCUCGGCUUCACCGGUUUCACGGGGUUGCUCUGCUUCUGCACCUUCUUUUACUGCGUCCUGCACGCCUGGGUGGACUCGGCCGCACGGGACAUCUACAUCUGGCGGUGGCUGGCCAUGGAGCGCGCGGGAACCACCGUUGUGCUGGUGUUCACGUUUUUUGCCGGGUGGGGACCCACGACCAUGUGCCUGGUCGCCGGCUUGCAGACCUUGGCGAACCGUACCACGUACGAAAUCAUCAAGUGGCCCUGGGCGUCGAUCGCGCCGGGCGGCUUGAACCGCCUAGAAAAGGGCUCACGGGGAACCACGUACUACCACAUCUACCGUCGUGAAAGCCUCUGGGACAACUUGCGAGAAGUUUUUUACGAGGACCAUGUCAGGCGGGCUCCCUUGGGGUCUAUUUGGGAUCCAAGGCGAACCUUGGCUACAGGAAAAAAAGAUUGUUGAGUUUUUUGAUUGAUCAGCCGCGGUUGAAUUGGGCCGCACACAGUUGUUUCGCAGCAAGGACGAUGCCCUUGAUUCUGUAGGAGAGAACCGCAGGCAUCUGAUGCUUCCCCCAGGAAAAACACGAGGG